UUUGAUUUUACUGUCAAUGAGUUGAACAAAAUUUCUGGUUACUAUUAUGAGCUUCCCCUUUCGUGUGGUGAACUAUGUGCUGCAAUUGCUAACGGCGGUGCUGGAGGUAGUGGCCCUAGGUCUGCUCAUCCGUAUCCUAUCCACGCACUGUGUCCUGGGCGAGGAGUACGGUAUAUCGGUGUGGAUGUACACCUUCAUCCUGCCCGCCGCCGCCUGUCAGAGCGUGGUGCUCGUCAUAUUCCGGCUGUGCUGCACCACCGUGGGCCUCGAUCCAAUUGCGAUGACGUUCAAUUUCGCCAGCGGGUUCCUCUGCCUAGGAAGCGCACUUACCCUCCUGGUGUCCAUGGUCGAUCAUUGCGGCAACGAGUUCGCAUUCAUAUUCUAUAUGUCGAGCGCCUUUGGCGUAAUUGCUGGCGUCCUGCAUUUGCUGAAUGCCUGCGUGUGCAACGUUUACAUACCCCUCGGCGAAUGGUCAUACCUGAAACCCUCAAAGAGGGCAAGGCGAAAGGAGUUAAGGAACCCCAGACGCAGAAGCAUAUGAUGUUCACUGGAUGCUUGUGCAUAUCCUUAGGAUUUUAUAUGGGUUAUA